AUGGACCACAUAAAGAAAUGGUCUCGCAAGCUCAAGGGCCCGCAGGAUAACCCUAUAAACCCAGCCUACAACUUCCCCCCCGCCCCGCACCCCUCUGAGUGCUCUCCCGAUAAUGGGAGUAGCUACGGCCCACCCCCUUCUGAACAACAAGAGCAGCUAUGGCCCACCCCCACCAACACCAACACCUACGCCGCUCCCUCCUUCCCCGCCAGCAGCAGCAGCACAUAUCCACACGAUAGCGAAGUCAAUGACGGCGCCCCGCCCGCCUACACCCCUUGCCCGACCAGCACCUACACGGACGACUACAAACCUCCCGCCUUCCCCCCGCCUUCCUCUACCACCAUCGAGGACCUCCCCCCGCCACCAAGCAUCUCCCACGAAAUCUCGCCCGCCUUCAACUCCACACGCGCCCUCUCUGACGCCGGCCACCGCUUCACAACCCUCAACCCCCUCUUCCCGCCGGAGCGGUUCCCAUACGCACUCCUCUCCUCCAUCCCUACGCACCCGGCUCCGCUCUCCCUCGGCCCGCCGCCCCGCCACUUCCGCGGCUCCAUCAGCGCCGUCAAUGGCGGCGUGUUAGUCGAGGCGAACGGCACAGAGGACGCAUGCCUCACCAGUGCGGCCCCGCUGUUUGCCGCCGGCUACCACCACCCGGCGAAUACGCGCCGUGGAAGGGUGUUUGGGUAUGAGGUUAUGGUGCUGGGGCUGCCCAGCGAGGCGGCGUUGGUGGCAGUGGGCUUUGCGGCGAAGCCGUAUCCGGCGUUUAGGCUGCCGGGGUGGCAUAGAGGGAGCUUGGGCGUGCAUUCGGAUGAUGGGCGCAGGUACUGUAAUGAUGAUCAUGGAGGUAAGGAUUUCGGACCGCCGUUUAGGGCGGGGGAGAGGAUUGGGAUCUCUAUGAGGUUCCCGAUAGAUACGGGUGGUAGGGGGAUCGAGAUCUUUGUGACACGCGAUGGGAAGCCGGCGGGGGGUUGGAGGUUGUAUGAGGAGAUGGAUUCGCAGAGGGGGAAGGACCCCACUGAGGGUCUCGAUGGAAGUAGGGAUAUAUAUGCGGCGAUUGGCGUCUGGGGGAGCGGCUUGAGGGUCGUAGUGGACAAUUUUUAUAGUAGGGAGGAGUAG